AUGGCCACAACACCUACCGAGGUGACGUGGCAGGAGAUGCAACGCAUGCUGACGUGUCUUCUGGAAGCAACCGAAGUUAUCCGAGUAGCCAAUAGUCGGAGGCAGCAGACCACUGAUCUGUUAGACGAGGCGAUCCACGUGUCGUCCGCUCAUUGGGCGCGUCACGAGGCUUUAGUCGCCGCGCACACGCGGGUCGCCGCCCGGCGCGCUGAGCUGGACAAGCUGCGUGCUGACGUGGCGGGAGCCCAGCGUGAGGUGGAGGACAAGCGUGCUGAUGUGGAGAGGCGGAGAGCGGAGCUCAAAGAGGCGAGGCACUCGUUAAGAGCUGCCUCGACAAGAUUAGUGGAAGCGGACCGCGUGUAUGCUUCUGUGCGUGCUAUGUGCACCCCCCCCCUGCGCUACCCCAACCUGCUCCCUCCUCCCUCCUCCCUCCUCCCUUCUGCCUCAUGCCUCUUUUUCUCCCCUUCCCAUUUCUGCCCGCCUCCUCCCGCUCCCCCUCCCCCCCCCCCCCCCCCCCCCCGCGCUACUUACACCUCUGGCCCCACCCGCUCCCCCCUUAUUCUUCCCCCCAUACCCCAGCUUCUCGUUUCCUUCUGUGCGCGCUACUUGCAUCUCCCCCUGCGCUACCCCAUCCUGCUGGCCGGCUCGCGAUGCCUUAUGGGUACCGCCACCCCUUCCCUUCCCUGCCUCUCCUCACACCCCCGUCCCCCUUCCUCUCCAUCCCCCACCCCUUCAGCUUGUAUGCUUCUCAGUGCGCUACCUGUAUCUCCCUCUCCGCUACCCCAUUCUGCUGGCCGGCUCGCGAUGCCUCAUGGUGGACCGCCACCCCCCUGCCCGAGUGGAGGCCCAGCUGCUGCACCUGCUGGGUGGGGGCAACUCGUUUCCUUCUGUGCGCGCUACUUGCAUCUCCCCCUGCGCUACCCCAUUCUGCUGGCCGGCUCGCGAUGCCUCAUGGUCGACCGCCACCCCCCUGCCCGAGUGGAAGCCCAGCUGCUGCACCUGCAGGGGGGAGGAGCAGGGGUGGGUGGUGCUGCUGGGAGAGGGGUAGCAGCAAGGGGAGCAGGAGGGGGAGGUGGAGGAGGAGGCGGAGCGGGACUUGGUUCCCUGCAGCAUAUUGAACAGCAGAAGCAGAGGCAGCAACAGCAGCAGCAGCAGCAGCAGCAGCAGCAACAGCAGCAGCAGCAGCAGCAGCAGCAGCAGCAGCAACAGCAGCAGAAGCAGCGGCAGCAGCUGCUGUAUAGGUCUGCUAGUGACAUGAAUCUGAUGCCAAGGAAUGGCAGCACGGGGAGCAAGGGGAGUGGCUGGGAGAAAGGGACCGGACGGAGGGGAGACAGCAGGAGCAGUUCUCCUGAAAGAGGGGUUUCCUCUGGGGGUGUACUGAGUGAUGGGAGAGGCGUGAAUGGGGCGAGCAAUCUCGGUGAUGGGGGGUGGGAGGCGGUUGUGAGGGGUUCCAGCCAGAGCAACAGCAGUGGUGGUGGUGUUGGGAAUGGUGCAAUGGCAGGAGGAAUGGCAGGGGCAGGGGGGAUGGGAGGAGGAAUUGGGGAGGGAGGGGAAAGGGGGGUGGAGGUUCAGUUGGCUCUGUACAUGGGUCAAUCACACGAUGCAGGGCGAUGCGCAUGUGCCAUGGUGCUGCUGGGGAAUGUAAGUGCCGUGAUGAUUCUCACAAGGGGGAAUGUGAGUGGUGGGUUUGGGGUAUGUGCGUGCUGA